AUGGCGGGGGAGAAGCCGGGGUUCGAGUGGAACGUCCCGGAGGAUCGUGACGCGGACGCGGCGGCGAGAGCCGCGCGGAUGGACCCCCCCGCGCCGCGCCCGCCCGAGACUGUGAUUCACGAGGGCGAAGAUGCCGCUCGGGUAAUCUACGGCGAGGUGUGCGCCAUCUGCCGCGACGACGUCACGCGCCGCGGUCGCAUCGACGCGUGCGACCACCUCUUCUGUCUCCCGUGCAUCAAGCGAUGGGCCAAGAUCGAGACCAAGUGCCCGCUGUGCAAGGCGCGCUUCUCGUUCAUCCAACCCGAGGAUCUGGUCCCUCCGGAUCCGGAGUCGAGGCCCUCCACGCGCGGCGCCCGGGCGGGCGGCCCCCAAAAGGAGCUCAAGCGCAUAUACCUCCCGCACAGGGACCAGAUAUACGAGGGCGACGGCGAGUUACCCGACGGGAUGGACAUCGAGGAGGUCCUGUGCGGGCGGUGCGGCGACGGCGGCGACGAGGACAAGCUCAUGCUCUGCGACGGGUGCGACCAGGGAUACCACUGCUACUGCGUCGGCCUGGACUCCGUGCCGAUGGACGAGUGGCGCUGCGCCAUCUGCGCCGUCGAGGACGAGGAUGACGACGACGGGAACGUCACGACGGAUCAUCUUCAUGAAACGGCUGAAGACGAAUCGACGCGAAGGGACGAGGCCAUGGCUCGUUCGUUGCAGAGAGCCGAGGACGCGGCGGCGGCGCGAGCGGAACGGGACGAGCUCGUCGCCGCCGCGAGGGAACGGGCGGCGAUGCUUCGUAACGCACGGCGUAACGCACGACGGGGGGGGCGUGACGGCGAGACAGUCGUCCGCGUGCGCACGGUGGGAGCCCAUCGCAGGGCGCGCGAGCGACGCGAGGAGGACGAGGAGGACGAGGAGGACGAGGAGGGUUCGCCGGCGUGGGCGAGCGCUAUUCGACCCGCGCGGGGAUCGAACCCACGACCGCGUAGACCGCCGCCGGCCGUGCCGUACCGUCCCCCCGGCGAGGACGCUAGGCGCCGGACGCAGAUCGCGCGCGUCGCGGAGCUUCGGCGGCUGUGGGAGCGGUACAGGACGGGCGCAAUCGCGUUCGACGGCGGCGACGGUACGGAAGCCCCGAACGCAUCGAACGACGUAACGCACGGCGUAACGCACGACGUUUACCCACCCGACGACGCGCGACGCCCUUUCGAGACGGGGGUGGACGAUUGGGAGCUCGCGCGAGCCGCGACGGGGCUCCGAGAUGGCGCCGAUACCGUCCAAACGUUUGAACCGGCGUCGACUCUGACUGCGACCAUCGGUGCGGGGGAACCGAGGAGGGAGCUCAAGCGACCGGCGUCGAGGAGGGAGCGAGGCGCGCCCGUCCCGGCCGUCGGCGCGGGUGUCGCGGGUGUCGCGGGUGCCCGUCCUUCCCCGCCUCCGCCUCCGACGCGUCCGUCGAUUCCCUCUUCGGAGUGGGUGAACCCGCCGCCGCCGCCGGACUCGGUGACUCAUCGCCCGGUGACUCAUCGCCCGGUUCGACGAAGAGUAACGGACGUAAAAGUAACGGCCGCGAGCGGCGGUCGGCUUCCGCCGGGCAUCUCGUUCUCGCCGCCCCGCCCACCCGCGUCGACGCGAACGAAACGCGGCGGAUGGUCCGACGAUUCCGACGACGAGGAACCGUCGGUACGAAAACGGCUCGAGGGUUCGAUUCCCGCCGGCGUCGAAUUCCACAAAAAAUCGCUCCCCCCCCGGCUCCCCAGGCACGAGGUCCCCGCCACGUCCUUCGUUCCCCCCGGGGUGGUGAAGCACACCGAGCUAUUGUCGGGGAGCGACCCGGCGGAUGCGAAAAGACGAGAGCGAGAGACGGAGUCUGCGGCGAUGAAUUUCGGCGCAAUGGAUAAGAAGCGGGUGGCGGCUCGCGCCAGGCACUUCCUCCGCCCGGCUUGGACCUCGGGUAAAGUCAGAGGCAAGGACACGUUCAAGGAGUACGCGAAACGCGCGACGCAGGCGGGGUUCGCGGCGGCGUGCGCGUUGGCGAUCAAGACGAGAUCGCGGCUGGCGGGGGCGUCGGAGGAUGAGGUGCUGGCGGGGGCGGAGGCUCGCGCGCGAGAGAUGAGCGCCGCGGUGGACAGGGCGGUGCGCGCGGCGCUUCGCAAGUUGGGGGUGGAGACGACAGAGGACGACGGGUGA